AUGAACAAAUUUAUCGCUGCUCUAGUAGCAACCUUACUUUUGGCUACUUGCUUGGUCAACUGUCAAUAUAGCAACAAUUACGGUACUAAUUAUGGUACAUCAGGGGGUGCUGGUUCUAAUUAUGGAGUCACUGGAGGAAAUUACAAUCAAUAUGGACAAAAUACUCAAUCCUAUUUGAAUCAAGUGAAUGCAGUCAAUUCAAGUCCAUACUCAAGUUAUGGAUCUUCAUAUACUGGACCAAGUAGUUAUGGAACCAAUUAUGGAAGUGCCUACUCAAUGCCUUUCUAUGGUGGAUACGGAGGAGGAAUUCCAUGCUAUGGUGGAUAUGGUGGAUAUGGAGGUGUUCCAUUUUAUGGUGGUUAUGGUGGAUAUGGCGGUGGUUAUGGAUAUGGUGGUGGUUAUGGUUAUGGUGUUGGUUAUGGUGGAUAUGGCGGUGUGGGUUGUGCUGGAGGUGUUAGUUGGUGUUAA